GGCUCUGUGAAUGAAUUGUAUAUGAGUUGGCGCGAUUUAAAUCAACCGAGUUUGAUUAUAUUGUCUUCAGAUUUUUGUUUUUAAUAUCUUUUGAUAAAAAAACGAAAAUGUUUGGUGAAAAAUGUGUCGAUCUAAUUAAAGAAUCGACCCGUGAUAGUUCAGAAUUGAUUGCUCCUUAUAAUCAAAAUUUGGUCAAUGAAGUUUUUGAUGAAAUGCGUUUGAUUAGUCAUACAUUAUUCGAGUCACUCAAUUCGGAUAAUGAUCAAGUGGCACCGAAUGAAACGACCGUUGAACAACAAAGUACAUAUGACAGUCAAAAUCGUCUUUUGGUUAACAAAGUAUAUCUACGUGCUUUUCUAUGGAACAAACGUUGUCUUCUUGCCUAUCACAAUCAUCGAUUAGAACGAUUAAAAAGAAUUCGUUGGCAAUUAGGUGCUAUAUUACCGGCUGAAGUAAAAUGUAAUCUUUCUGAAGAUGAAAUAAAAUGGUUUGCAUCAUAUUCACGUAAUCUUUCUGAUUAUAUGAAUCAUUUGAAUGAUAAUAAAGGUAUCGAUUUAACAUUGAUGCGUAAUCCACCUAAAAAACUAUACAUUCAAGUUCGUUGUAUCAGUGAUUAUGGUCAAUUAGAAUUGGAUGAUGGACAUACUGUUGUUCUUAGUAAAGAUAGUAUGCAUUAUCUACCAUUAUCGAAAUGUGAAAAAUUGAUUCAUCAAGGAGUUUUGGAACAAAUUCAAUAAAUUUUAAUAAUUUUAAAAAUAAAUAAAUUCAUUUAAUU